GGUUCGAUUGUUCAAUCAUGGUUCAAUCUCUGCCUAGCGUCCGCCCCCUCCCCACAGGACACUUAACCUAACUCAACAUCAUCAUCAUCAAAUCAACAAUCAACAAACAUCACUUUGGAGCUUUACUGACAGCUCUGCACCAUGCGCAUUAACAGGUUAAAACGUCUUCAGAAGAAUUUGUCCUUUUAUGUCAAUAACUUUGGGCUUAAAAAGCCGUUCCAUGUAUUGUUGGACGGGACAGUGUGUUUUGUUGCCCUCAAGGACAAGUUAGAUGUUCAGCAGCAAAUUAAAACAUAUCUAGGUGACGAUGUCAAAAUGUUUACAACACCUUGUGUUGUUAUAGAAACAGAGAAACUUGGAAAAUCGGUGUUUGGUGCUAUGUUGAUUGUCAAGAAAUUCCCCAUUCGCUACUGUGAGCACAAAGAUAACCCAGUGUCAGGAAGUGAAUGUUUACUCUCCAUGGUGGGCUCUUCCACCUCAAAUAGGUACAUAAUAGCAACACAAGACAGGGAUCUGCAAGAUAAAUUGAGACUUAUCCCAGGAGUACCUUUAUUUUAUUUCUUUAAUAAGGGACCGACACUUGAGGCACCCUCCAAAGUUAGUGAGAAGGCUGCUGCAGCAACUGCAAAUGCUCGGUGGGGUAUCAAUCAAUAUGAGCAAGAAGCGUUAUCAAAACUUAAGGAAGUAGAAGGUCUCAAGUCAGAAGAUAUUCCUGCCAAGAAAAAGAAAAAGAAGACAAAGAAUCCUAAUCCUUUGUCCUGUAAAAGGAAAAAGAAAAAAACUGAAGCUGGCGCAGACACACCUAAAAAAAGUGAUGCAGGAGUAAAGAAAAAGAGAAAUAGGAGAGGUAAGAAAUUGCCUCAACAUGUGAAAGAGGAGCUAUUGCGGAUCAAGUCUGCUACACAAAAUAGUGUUUAGAAUGAGUUAAUGCUGUUGUUAAUAAGAUAAAUUAAUUUCUUCAAAUCUU